AUGGUGGAUGAUCCAACAUCUCAAAAAGAGCAAGACCAAGCAAUUCCUGAUGACUAUGAGAAAAUGGAGGGAUCUGCAGUUGUUCCCUGUAUGUCAGAACAGGAGCUGAAAGAAAAGCAGAGAAAUGAGCCAGUAAUGCGAGAUGUGAUUCUUCAGUUGGAAUCAGGAGACAUAGUCCUACCUGCAUUAAGAAAGGCCUUACCAGAAAGAGCAGCACCUCUAGUGAACAGUCAAGUCACCAGGCCACUGGAGUUAGUGAGCAUGGACUUUUUGUCACUGGAACUCAACCGUAGCAAUACCAAAGACAUCCUGGUGAUUAGAGACUUUUUCACCAAGUAUGCGGUCGCAGUUCCCACCCCAAACCAAAAAGCCAGAACGGUCACCAAGAGGCCUCCUGUGCUGUCUUCCUAUGCCAAGGCUGAGGACAAGCUUUUUAAAUAUCUCUUCAGCAACUACCAGAAAUGGGUGAGACCAGUGGAGGAUCUGAACAGAACAGUGCUGGUGAAAUUUGGACUGGCUAUUUCUCAGCUGGUGGAUGUGGAUGAGAAGAAUCAGCUGAUGACCACCAAUGUGUGGAUGAAACAGGAGUGGAAAGACAUGAAGCUCCAGUGGAAUCCGGAUCAUUAUUUGGGCAUCACCUCCAUCAGAGUCCCCUCAGACUCCAUCUGGAUUCCUGACAAUGCCUACCGUAUCGGGCAGUUCCGAGGUAAAAUGAUCUAUUUCCCAAAAUUGUUUCUCAUUCUAUCAAAUGGAGGGGAAAAGAUCUCCCUCUGUACGUCUGUCCUCGUCUCUCUUACAGUCUUCCUUCUGGUAAUAGAAGAGAUAAUUCCUUCUUCAAAGGUGAUUCCUCUCAUUGGAGAGAUUUGACUUGACUAUUUGGUCUUCACCAUGAUCUUUGUGAUGCUUUAAAUUGCCAUCACUGUCUUUGCCAUCAACAUCCACCAUCGUUCCUCAUCUACGCAUCACAGCAUGGCACCGUGGGUACGCUGCAUCUUUCUGCACCACCUGCCUAAACUUCUCUGCAUUCGGAGCCAUAUGGAUUGCUAUGCCACCACUGUGGGGAGCCAGAAAACAGACAGGACCGGCAGAGCAGGACUGGGUUAUGGAAAGAGUUUGGGCCAGGAAAACACUCCUCUGCUCAAUGCAGAAAAUACUCUACAGGCAGCCUUGGAAUCUAUACACUAUAUCACUCAUCAUGUUGUGAAGGAAAAUGAAGUCAGAGAGGUGGUACAGGAUUGGAAGUUUGUGGCACAGGUUCUGGACUGGGUUUUCCUGUGGGCAUUCCUCUUGGUAUCAGUGCUCGGUUCUGCUCUACUUUUCAUUCCGGUCAUCUAUAAAUGGGCCAACAUCAUCGUUCCCAUCUACGCUGGAAGUAUCAGCUAAAAAACAUGAAUGUAGACAAUAUUAUCAAUAUCAAUAAAUGGGCCAACAUCAUCGUUCCCAACUACGCUGGAAGUACCAGCUAAAACACAUGAAUGUAGACAAUAUUUAGUAUUUCAGGAUUUUUAAUUGUGAAGAGAAUAAUUACAAGAUAUAUGGAUCACUGAUAAUCAAGAAGUUUUGAGUUUUAGCUUUUCAUUACAAUCACAUCUAUGCAACUUGUGGAUUUGUGCAUGAUCAUUUCUAAUGUUACAUGCUGCGUUAUAUAUUCAUAUGUUGAAGUCAUUACAAUAAAAUUUACAAUAAAAUAAAUGUGCUUUAAUAAGAUGUUUUAAGUACACCAACAAUUUUUAUUUCUGCACAUAGUUCAAGCCUAUGAAAUAAAUGUUACUCUAAAGUUCCCCUUCUGUCGCUCUCACCACGUUGUGUCGGAGAAGCGACACUAGGAAACACUAGGGGUCUCUCUUGAGCGCCGAUA